CUGGUUCUGUGUCUGUCCAUGUGGUUCUGUCAAGUUCUUGGGCCGAGGUUCUUCUAUUCUGUCUUAUACAGAUCCAACAUGAGACCGCUGCUGUGACUCUUCUCUUUGUUGUGAUGACUUCACGCUUUCAGGUGUCCUCCUGCCUUUUAUUGGGACUAACGGGUCCCUGGAGGAGGAGGAGGCCUCUUUUACAGUAACUUGGCUGAUGGAGUAAGAACUCAGGACAACAUGGCCCAGGCCUGUCAGAGGCGCGAUGGAGCGGGCAGACAGAAGGAAGAGCUGAGCGUCAUGCUGGUCGGGGAUGGAGCUGUGGGGAAGAGCAGCAUGAUCAUCAGCUACAUCUUCAAUGGAUACAGCAGCGAGUACGUGCAAACAGCUCUGGACGUUUACACUGGUUUGGUUCAUGUGAAUGGAGUUCCAACUCGUGUUAAACUCAUAGAUACUGCUGGACAGGAGGAGUUCGUCCAUCUCCGCCCCCUGUGCUUCGCCCACGUGGACGUCUUCAUCCUCUGCUUCAGCCUGGUCGACCCUGUCUCCUUUCACAACAUCACAUCCAGAUGGGUCCCGCAGAUUCGUGCCGGCAACCUGGCCUCUCCCAUCGUCCUGGUGGGAACUCAGUCGGACCUGCGUCACAGCGCGGACGUCCUGGCCGGUCUGGACCGGCGCCGCAGCGCACCGGUGCCCUGCAGCCAGGCCGCGCGGCUGAGGCGCAGGAUCCGAGCUCAGGACUACGUGGAGUGUUCCGCUCUGACUCAGCACAAGCUCAAACAUGUGUUUGACUGCGCCAUAACUGCUGCCAUCAGGCACAAGCACGCGGCGGCUAUGAACUCCAGCAAGCGCAGCCUGCUCAAACGCCUCAAAGCCUUCUGUGACGCGAGGAGGAGGAAAAUCUUCAGAUUCAUUUGACCUUAUGGAAAAGUAUGUUCAACCUCUAGAGGAUUCAUUUCUCUCAAAUGUGCACUAAGAGAAGACAAUCCUGACUUUGUCCACUUUUCAUUCUGCCUCCUUUUGUCCUUCUGCUCUUUGAUGUUUUGCUUGUUGUUGUUCAUAUUUGCGUGUGUGUUAACGUUUUGUAAUAAAUGCACCAAAUACUUAUUUCAGCGUCACACAUUUUAUGGUCAGUUUAACAUUGGAGCCUGAGCUGAAGCUACUGUCAGAGAGGAAAUGGAGGGAAAAAACAAAAUGCCAUUUAGGACAAAUGGUCACCUGCUGGUACUUUGAAAUGCUAAUUAAGAAGACAAAAGGCUUUUAAAUCCGUCCUCUCUUCAAAAGCUAAUGUUUCUACCCAGUACUUU